GAGCCGCAGCCGGAGCCGCCCGGGAGGGAGGAUGAAGAUGCAAGCCGAGGUGAUCCGCGAGGGCGAGCUGGAGAAGCGGAGCGACAGCCUUUUCCAGCUGUGGAAGAAGAAGCUGGUGGUGCUGACCAAGGACAGCCUCAGCCUCUUCCCCGACGGGCACAAGCGGGCCAAGGGCAAGGAGCUGGGCUUCGGCUCCAUCCUCAAGGUGGACUGCGUGGAGCGCACGGGCAAGUACAUCUACUUCACCAUCGUCACCAAGGACCGCAAGGAGAUUGACUUUCGGUGCCCGGACCAGAGCUGCUGGAACGCCUCCAUCACCAUGGCCCUCAUCGACUUCCAGAACAAGCGGGCCAUCCAGGACUUCAAGAGCCGCCAGGAGAUGGAGCAGGCGGCGGGCGCCCAAGCAUACCACUGGAUGAUAAACCAGAUCAAGUGUCUUGGACUGAAAUGGGACAGGGUACCAAUGAAGGAAAGCGAAGAAGAGAGCUGGAAGCAGCUUGGUUUUCUCCAAGCCGGUGGAGGCUGCUGA